AUGCGCAACUCACAGAAGCAGGAGAUCGAGAAUGGUGUCUCGCAGCUGCAGGAAAUGGGGGCAAGAAGGGCGUUGGAAGCCUGUAACGGAGACUUGGAGAAUGCUCUGUAUCGCCUGACGGAGAGCGACAACAGCUCGUUGAACGUCCUGGCGGACACGGCGACAUCAGACCGCGGCAGUUACCUAAGGGCAACUUCUUCAAUUCAGACAGAGACAGUUGGAAGUCCAAGUGCACCGUCGAUGAGUGCGAUUCCUUCCAAUACUGGUUACACGGCUUAUUCAAAUCCGAUUCUCUCCAAUCCAAGCUACUCUAAUGAGCCUUCAUACUACGAGCCGACCAGAGAAAAUCCUGCACAACCCAUUUAUGCUUCAGAAUAUGGAAUCAAAUCGCCUGGCAAGGCAAACAAGGACUCUGAUGUUCCCAUGGCGACAGUUGUACCUGAGUCAAACUACACGCAAUCGAACACUGAUAUUGAAGCUCAACAACUUCGUCAGGCUCUUGCUCUUUCCCUUCAAGAUCAACCCAAGCCAACGGCUCGCUCCUCGAACACGGACAUCGGAUUGAGCACGGAGGAAGAGGAGAUGGCGCGAGCGAUCGAGCAGUCACUGUGCUCAAGCGACCCAUCGGCCUACAAGGAGCCAGAGAAUCCGCACAUGCUUUUGAGGAAGGACAACAUGGCGGUGGGAUUGAAGAAUAUCGGGAACACUUGUUACUUCAACUCCCUGUUACAGACAUACCGCGCUAUUCCAGCUUUCCGCCACGCGAUUCUUCAGUGUCCUCUCCCUCCUGGGGAAAAGCGCCCUCCGUCCUCCGUCCCUGUCGCUCUGCCUGCUGAUCAGAACCAGCUGGCUGCUGCUAACCCUGUGGCCGCUCAGCCACUUGCCAAAGGGUCGAUUGAUGAGAACGACGUGAAGAGAACGACCGUCGAGCUCGUUCGUCAGCUUCAGCGUCUGUUCGCUCAGAUGGAGAUCAGCGACAGAAGGUUCGUCGACCCCUCCCUUGUCAUGCAGAACCUGCUGGACUCGUCAGGAGAUCCCGUCCAAGUUGGAAACCAGCAAGAUGUCAGCGAGUUCAACCAUAUCUUCCUGCAGAGGGUCGAAGAAGGUCUCAACUUCGCUUCCAAUGGACAAGCAACUGAGACCAACACUAUCAUCAAGGGGAUCUUCGAAGGAAAGAUGCUUCAAGAAGUGCUCACAAAGGACGAGAAGACAAGUGACUCGAAUGAAACUGUCAUCUCGUCCUCGUCCUGUGAGUUCCACGAGCUAAUUCUGGACAUCUCACGUGGGGACCUUCAUGGAGCUCUAGAAGAUUAUGUGGAGGCGCAAGUCGAUGAUUAUCACGGAGAAUGCUCGCAAGGGAAUCAGAGAGUCUCGUAUGACAAAGAUAUUCAAGCUCCAGUGAAGGUGAACGAUCGUUUUACCUUCCCCAACGAGCUCUUUAUGGAUCGCUACCUUCUCGCGCACAAAACGAAAUUGAUGCCCCGAAGAAUUAAGAGAAACGAACUUCGACACAAGUUCGACCAUCUCAAUCAGAAGCUGCAGCACCUCCUGCAUUUCUCUUCCACGGGACUUGAGCGGACGGACGUGGCAGCGGACGAGUAUCUCAGAGGCGCCAUGGCGUUUUUGAAGGAGCGGAGCGAAGGAGGGGGCCUCGAGAAAGUCGAUCACGUGCUUGAAAUGCUUAGCUCUCUGACCUCUCAGACGCAGCUGCAGGACAUUCAAAAGCAGAUUGAUCUUCUUUUCGCUGAGUUUAACUCAGAUCGAUAUUCUUUAUUUGCUGUUCUUGUACAUGAUGGGCUGGCGGGAAGUGGACAUUAUUGGGUUUAUAUCAAGAGACAAGACGGAUGGCUGAAGUACAGCGACGCGGAGGUCGCGUCAGUGGAAGAGAAGGAAGUCUGGGAGAUGAGUGAGGGGGGCAAGAAGAAUGCGUCAGCAUACUGCUUGAUGUACAGGAGGGACAAGGAAGAUGGGAAGUUCUCGAUUCAUCUCCCCGACCUACUGCGGUCAGAGGUGGAAGACGACAACAGAAGGCUGAAGGAGGAGAUGCGGAACUGGGAUCGGAGAACGUCGCUCAUGAGAUUCGAAGCCGCUCUGAAUGAGAAGAUGCAGGAGAUUAAGGUCAUCAACAGAGAUGUUGUGAAGGACAAGGAGGGGAUGAAUUGGUACUCGUUCGAAGCUUUCCUUGACAGGCUCCAGAAGCCGGAUCUCUGCAAGUAUCUGAUUGCCACGGGUACCAUCCCACAAGUCUUUGCAUCGAAAGAGUUGGACGACAACGAGACGAGGACCAUGUUUGAAUCGAAGUUCCAUGACACCCUUGUCAUAAAUCCGACAGAUCAGGCUUUUCUGGAUAAAGCCAGGGAAGUAUACUGUGAGUUCUUGUCGAUAUCGAGAGCGAUCUCGGCGGCAGACAAGUGUAUCAGCAGUCAGGACAUGGAGCAAUGCGUUCUGCUGCUAUGUGGGGCUUACGAGCUGCAGAAAAGCCUUGAGGGGGAUCUUGAACGUGCCGCGAGUUUCGAUGCCGAGGUGCUUGACAGGCUGACAGCGGUUCAAAACCUCUUCCUGGAGAUGUUGGAGGUUGGACUUGCGGAUCAAUCGCAGACGCAGCUCAACGUCAGUCUCCUCCUCGCCCUCACCUUCAAGAUACUUCAGCACAACACGCCGCGAGUCAGUCACGAUGUUGUGACUAACUCGUUCUCACGAUGGAAGCGUUGCGUGAGCAAGAAGCAGGAUGCGUCGAGUGCGACGGGCGUCGAGGAGCUGCUGAUGGGAGCGGCCGACUGUUGGAAAGAUGUGACGUUUCCAAACUACAGGCUGAACCCGGUGUUGUGGGACGAGGCAGCUGGUGUGAUGCAGAGUAUCGUGGGGACCCGUCGGUCGCUCUGCCAGCAAUCCAAUGAUAGGUUCGAGUACCCUCCAGUCUCCGUCCUCUACCGCUCGCCCAGCAGCAGCAGGCUGCUGGAGGGCGACCUGAUGGAGGUCGAGCCGAGCUCAGCAUGA